AUGAGUCAUACAGUGCUUGGAUUGUUGGAGAAGAUGGACUCCAAUGAUACCGAUUUUCGGUACAUGGCCGCCAAUGAUUUAAUGAACGAUCUUCAAAAGCCUGAAUUCACUUUAGACGAAACUAACGAGAAAAAAGUUGUUCAAAAAGUUUUAAAACUAAUGGAUGAUGCUAAUGGCGAAGUGCAAAAUUUGGCAGUAAAAUGUCUCGCGCCACUUGUCAAAAAAGUUCGAGAAACACAACUAGCAGAAAUCAUUGACAAACUUUGUGAAUACGCUACACAGAAAAAAGAAGAACUACGUGACAUCGCUGGCAUCGGAUUGAAAACUGUCAUUGUGGAAAUACCAAGCAAUUCACCAAAUGCUGGUAGCGUAGUGCAAAGACUGAUUCCAAAGCUUCUUUCACAACUAGAGAAUUCGAAGGCCACGUACGAAGUGCAAAUGGAUACCUUGGAUAUCCUAAGUGAACUGCUUGCUCGUUUUGGUAGCUCGGUGGGUAGCAAUGUAACAUCACAGAAACGGAUUCAGAAUGUUUUGGUGCCUCUAUUGAGCCAUUCGCGUCCAGCAUUCAGAAAGAGAACUACUAUUGCUCUUGAAAAUAUUGACCAGUUUAAUCCUAUAGGUAAUCUUGUGACACACGCUCCUGAUGAUCUAUUUAACGAAUUGGUGCAAAAAUUAUUGGCUGAAUUUGAAAGGGCUCAAAACCAGAAAGAUAACUUAAAGACUCUAAUUCAAUGCGUUGGAACAUUAAGUCGUUCGAGUGCUCCACGACUAGGAAAGUAUUUACCACAAUUCCUACCGCUGGUGUUCGUCAAUAUUAACAUAAAUGAUGAUGAAUUGCGCGAAAAUUGUUUACAGGCGCUUGAAUCAUUUGUAUUGCGAUGUCCAACGGAAAUUACUCCAAACAUCAACACUAUCAUUGAGCUUGGUUUAGUAUAUUUGAAGGAUUAUUCUGAUGACGAUGAUAUCUCUUGGAAAGUACGCCGUUCUUCAUCGAAGCUCCUAGCUUCUAUUAUUGGCACGAGACACGAGCUUCUCUCCCAACUGUAUAGUAACGUCGCACCAGCUUUAGUUAGCCGAUUUAAAGAACGAGAAGAGUCUGUUCGCGUGGAUAUACUUCAGACUUUCAUUGUCCUUCUCAGGCAAACCCAUGUUUAUGGUGGAGAGGGUUAUAUUCCAAGAGAAAAUGAUCAUGAACCAAAACGAAGAAGGGCUAUUGGUCCAAGCGAAUCACAAGAAAGUCCCAAACAGAUGCUGCGAAAUCUGGUUCCGAGACUAAGCCGCAAUCUUUCUAAGCAACUUGUCUCAAAAUCGAUUAUAACGAAACAAACAGGAUUUUUGCUUCUACGGGAAUUAGUCACAGUAUUAAAUGGGGGGCUUGAUAAUCAUUUGAAUACUUUUAUACCUGCAAUCGAAAGUUCUUUAUCUACAUCAUCAGACACAUCUCAUCAUCAUGCAAGCACAAAUUCUAAUCUCAAGAUUGAGACUUUAAGUUUCCUUCGGCAGUUGUUUAAGGUUCAUCCUCCUCAAGUUUUCCACAAGCAUCUUGCACGAUUAUGCCCUCCAAUAAUUUCAUCCGUGCAAGAUAGCUUUUAUAAAAUUACGUCUGAAGCCUUCUUGGUUUGUAUUGAAUUGAUUAAAGUCAUCCGUCCUAUUGAAUAUCAGGAGAACACGCAAACAUACAAUGUGCAGCCACUAAAUCCUGAGUUCCGGCGAUUCAUACUGGACAUUUAUAAUGUCACUAUUGCGCGUCUUUCAACUCCAGAUGCAGAUCAAGAAGUCAAGGAGCGAUCUAUAAUGUGUUUGGGAGUUCUUAUUUCACAAGCUGGAGAUAAUCUACAGGAUGAGCUUAAAGCGUGCAUGCCAAUAUUAUUGGAGCGACUGCGAAAUGAAGUUACUCGCUUGACUACAGUCAAAACCUUCACGAUGAUAGCCGAUAGUACAGUGUGUGAAAGUGAUUAUGUGAAGGUAGCGAUAACGGAUGCAAUACAGGAAGUUGCGAGUCUUCUUAGAAAGCACCAUCGUCAACUAAAAGUAGCUGCUUUAGUGUGUCUUGAAGUAUUUGUGCGUCGGUAUGGAAAAUACCUUACCGCCAAGAGCUAUUCCCACGUUCUUGUGGAAUUGACGCCUCAUAUUUCCGACCAAGACCUCCAUCUAUUACCAUUAGCAUUGAACACCGUGGUUUCAGUUUUACGUACUAAUCCUGCCUCACUAGAACCUGUAAAUAACGAUAUUCUACCGUCCAUUUUUCAACUUGUGCAGUCAACGCUUGUUCAAGGGGCUGCAUUGGACAGUUUACUUGUUUUAUUCCGCACCUUGAUCGAAACCGAUGAAGAUCACUUCAAUAAAUUAUUGGAUGGACUACUGUCUCCCGUUCAAAAGAAUCAGGACCUUAAUCAAUUAACCCUUUCGAAACAGGCAUAUUCAACGAUUGCACAAUGCAUUGCUACAAUAUGUGUGGCAUCAAACAAAUACCGUAAUCAAACCGUAAUUGAUUUUUCUAGAAAAAUAGCGGCUCAAAACCAAUCUGACUCUAUAAAAUAUCUAUGUUUGUUGACUUUAGGUGAAAUUGGACGUAAAGUCGAUUUGAGCGCACAUUCGAAUCUUCAUGUGAUUAUAUUGGCAUUGUUCUCAGCACAAUCUGAAGACAUCAAAUCAGCUGCCGCUUUCGCGCUUGGAAAUGUUAGCGCUGGUAAUGUCAGCAAAUAUUUGCCUAUUGUCAUUUCAGAAAUCAACUCGGACCAAAGAAAGCGAUAUCUAUUGUUACAUUCUCUUAAAGAGAGUGGUGAAAAUAUCGAAGAAGGAACUAGAGGCGUUGUAGCGGAAUGUCUUGGCAAAUUGACUUUGGCGAAUCCAAAUAAAUUUUUGCCUGAAUUGCAGAAACGUCUUCGGUCUGAUUCUGCGCAAACUCGUGGUACUGUUGUUACAGCUAUUAAGUUCACCUUUAUUAAUCAAGGCCAAGAAUAUGAUGAAUUGCUACGGCCUCUUAUUGUUGACUUUUUGUCCCUAAUUCAAGACAAUGAUUUGAAUGUUCGAAGACUGUCAUUAUCUACACUGAACUCUGCCGCUCAUAAUAAGCCUUAUUUGAUUCGUGAUGUUUUAGACCAACUCUUACCGUUACUUUAUGAAGAAACACUCAUUAAAGAUGAUCUUAUCCACAUGGUGGAGAUGGGACCAUUUAAACAUAAAGUAGACGAUGGUCUUGACAUCAGAAAGGCAAAUUCUGCAUACGAAUGUAUGUACACAUUACUUGAAACUUGUCUCGAUAAGCUUGAAAUUUUCAACUUCCUUACACGUGUGAUUGAAGGACUGUCCGAUCAACAUGAUAUCGCUAUCCUCUCGCAUACAAUGUUAAUACGAUUGGCACAUGUCGCUCCGACUGCCGUUUCACAAAGGUUGGAUGAAACAGUAGAACCAUUAAAAGGAACUUUAUCAUAUAGAAUGAAAGAUAACGCAGUCAAAUCGGAGAUCGACAAGAAUAAUGAAUUAUGUCGAUCUGCUGUUAGAACUGCAGUGGUUUUGAACAAACUCGCCGAACAAGGCAAAUUGCUACAGCUGAGAUAUGCAAUUUCAAUUACAUCUAUAAUCUGUAUCGUUAACAUUAAUCAAUUAAUUUGGGUAGCUGGAAGUACGCCGAAAUUCGACGCUUUCGUAAAAGAUACUAAAAUUGGAUCAUGGAGUGAUCAAUAUAAUAUUUAUCAAAAUGAACUGGAAAGUAAGGAAUCUGGAUCGGGACACGUCGGUGAUAACAUGGACACAUCUUAA